AAACAAGAUUUAAAACGCGUAUAAAACGAUAUUCAAACUAAUUAAAAUUAGAGUUUAAAAAUGUAAAUAUAAUAUAAAUAAGUAUGGUCCCUGCCAAGAGAAGUAAUAAGUGGUGCGUGCCAUCAUUUGAUUGUGAAAUUAUAAAUGAGCUUCCAGUCAAACGUACUUUUGUCAAGGAUUCUGUAGGAGAAUUAGAUAAGGUAUUGCCAAAUGUAUCACUCACGCAGAAUAAUUUCAAGAGAAGAAAACAUGAAACGAGCUUAUCAAAAUUACUUGAGGCUUGUGAACCUCAGAAACUUUCUGAAUUGGCCGUUAGCAGGCAGAAACAAAAUGAGAUUUCCAAUUGGUUUCAAUAUAAAGCAUCAAAAAGACAACCUUCAAUGUUAGUUCUUUCUGGUCCUUCUGGUUGUGGAAAAACUGUGGCUAUAAAGUUACUUGCCAAAGAAAACGGAUUCGACAUUAUUGAGUGGAUUACUCCAAUUGAUCAAAUUGAGGAUGAAAAUAAACGUAUAAUGCGACAAGGAGACAAAUUCGAGGAUCAUAUGAUUCGUGCAACACGUUACCGUACAGUACUUAGUAAUUGUUCCAAGCAGUUGCUUCUUGUCAAAGAUCUUCCAAAUGUUUAUCAUGAGGAUCAUAAAAGUUUCUUUAUGCUCAUAGAAAAAUAUUUCCAGAUAGGCAAGGAGCCUGUGAUAUUUAUUUGCACAGAGACCGGAAAUUCUAGACUGAUGCAGACACUAUUUGCACCUGAUAUAAGAGAGAAGUUUGGUAUCGAUCUCAUCAGUGUGAAUGCAACCACACAAGCCGCGAUGAAAACUAUGCUGAAAAGAGUAUCCGGUGUACUAAAUUCCAUCGCUGGCGACAUGUUAUAUGUUUCUCAGCACAUUGACGAAAUAUUGUCCAAUAGCGUCGGGGAUGUGCGCAGUGCCGUUUUGAAUUUAAUUUUCAUUUCUCUCAAAGUGCCUGAACGACAUUUGAAGAGCGAAUGCGGCUUGCGAGAAGAAACUUUGGGUUUACUGCACGGCAUUGGAAGAGUCACGAAUCCGAAAAAAAAAUUAGACGGCAAUUCCCUCAAGUUCGUGCACGAUCCUGAAGAAAUAGCGGCAUUUUUCCAGUCACAAUCGGUGGUGUUCGUUCAAUUUCUACAGGAAAAUUACUUAAACACUAUAAGAACUAUAGAGGAAGCCACUGUAGCAUCCGAUAUCUUGAGUUUGGCUGAUGUUCUAAAUUCGGAAUGGCGUGAUCGCAAUUUGGGCAAAGUUGCAUUAUCAUAUUGCAUUCGUGGCUUGAUGCUAGCAAAUGAGAAGCCUGUAACUGGCUGGAAUCCAGUGAGAAAACCGCGAGACGAUCAUAUGAACAUACGACGAUGUCUGGUAACAGCAGAAACGCGAUGGUACGAAUCAAUCAUUAAACCUUGUUCAAAGAAAACAAAUGAAAUAUCGAUAGAAAAUAAAGACGAAGAUAUGGAGAUAAUUAUUGAAGAAGAUUAAUAAAUACAUUAAAUUUUAUA